AUGGAUCGGGAUCAGGAGCGGGCAUUGGGACCCGGAAGUUUGCGAAGGACGUCGACGUUGUGCACCGAUCUGGUGCCUAGGUUGAUGGAUUGGAUGGAGCCGCCGUGGUCAGGGGAUGCAUUCGGGACCGAGACCGGGGUGGAUGUCACCCCCGUGGCGAGGGUGGCCGCGAGAAGAGAGACGAUGCCACUCUUCUUGACCAGCUUGGGAAACACCGCUGUUCCCGCCCUAUCAACCUCCAGCCCAGCAGGAAGAUAUCCUCCAGUCCUUCUCCCAUCGAUUGUGACACGCCCCAACCUAGCGCAGAUGGGGAUGAUCUUUGCAGAGACGGUGGCGUUCGAGGCCCUUGCGUUGCGCAAGACGUACCCCACCACCGAGAAACACGAAACGGCAGAGACGCUGGCAGCCGACCUAGGCAAUGACGAGGACUUGACCGUGGUCCUGGUAGCGGGCCGGUAUACGCAGUCCGGACAGCAAGCGGUAUCUGGAUUCCAUCUGCCCUGGGCGGAGAUGGAGGGUGCGGCAGCAUCGUGCCUGCUAUUCAAGUUGAGUCCCGUGCAGGAUGUGUUUCGCGGGGAUUUGUCAGACGUGGUGUGGCCGGGGUAUCGACUAGAUGAGCAGACGAAGUAG